AGAGUCUAUUAUUGACAAUUAAGAAAACAAAAGGCAGACAAUAGCAGAGUUCUGAUUUCAAAAGGAGAUAACGAUAAUCUAAACGCUCUUAUAUUAGUUUACAGAGGGAGUACUGAACAAGUUCUGAUCUCAAAAGCUGGAAGACAGAACUACGGAUACAUAAGCGAUUUCUUGGCACCUCCCGUAGCUCCACCACCGCAUCAACCGGUGAGUGAACCAGCCGUUGCUGGAGAAGACGCCGGUGAGGUGAAGCUGACGCUUGGAUCUCGUAGUACAUUACAUAGCCUGGUCUCAACUGAUGAAAAGCCACCGAAGAAGGUGGGACUGAACCAACCACGAGAUCCGCAAGAAAAACAACAGCCUAAAUUGGAACGGACUCCUCAGAUCGAUCGCUCUGUUUAAAGAGGACGCAUCCGCACGUAUCACACGACGAUGGCAGCCUCAUCAAGCUCGUCUCCCCGCUGCCCAUGGCCGGACCUCCAGCCGGAGUUGUUGGGCGUCGUGCUCUCGCGGCUGCCGUCGCACGCCGACCGCGUCCGCCUCGCCGCCGUCUGCCGCCCAUGGCGCUCCAACGCGCGGCUGCUGCGCCCGCUUCCCCCGCUGCUCCCGUGGCUCGCCCUCUGCGAUGGCACCUUCCUCAGCCUCCCCGACGGCGCCAUCCACCGCCUGCCCGCCGCGGACGACGGCGUCUCCGUCCGGGCCUCCACCGGCAGUAGGCUCUUCCUCGUGCACGGCGACGGCAGGUGCUCGCUGAUGAGCCCUUCCCCCUCGGCGACGACCCCUGUCCCCGAGGCUGCCUCCUGGUUCCAGGGGAAGCCCGUCGUCCGGAAGGUGGUGGCGUCCGAUCACCUCAUCGCCGCUCUGGUGGAGUCAAAAAAUUCCGAGACCGCAAAAGUCAUCAUCUCUACUCGUGGGCAGCCAUGGGACACCACGAGGUGCUCCACGAUGGAGUGGGCGGAGCCUGAAGGCGGCCUCGUCAGCGACAUUGCCAUCUUCAAAGGGAAGAUCUAUGCCCUCCUCACCACAAAAAUGAAGCGAUAUCGUCAACACGAGCUUCGUAUCCUGGACGACGGCCACGAGCAGACCAUCCACGGUACCCUACCAGGGCAGGAGGCAUGGUACGAUCCUAACUCGACUGAGUUCCACUUGCAGCGGAACUACCUUGUCGUCUCCGGCGAUCGGCUGCUGAUGGUCGAACAAAGGAUCAGCGAGCCGUGGCCGAGAGACUGGGGAGCUUUGAAGCUGACUCGACACUUCAAGGUAUUGGAAGCAACGGACCUGAGCAGCAGCGGCUGUGCACACUGGACCGAAGUCGAUACAUUGAUGGGGCGUGCGCUCUUCGUCAGCCAAGGGUGCUCCGAGUCCCUCCCUGCCAGUGCCGGAGGUCAGUCUAGCGGCACCGGAGUUGAAGAAGAUUGCAUCUACUUUCUAAACGAGAAGAAAGGAUCUAGUCAGCCUGGUUUGGCCUUUCUUAACUUAAAGCCGGGCAGGCCCUUCGUUUCAAAAAUAAACGGGGGAAAUUGUGAGAAUGCCUUUCAAGACUCUGGGGUGUACAACAUGAGAGACCGGACAGUGAUGCCAUUGCUGUCGGAGACGCUAGUGGCGUCCACAGCCGGCGAAGGCCCAUGGUCUCCAACUUGGCUUUUUCCAGAGCCUUGAGUUAAGCUAGUUACGCUGUAUUAUUAGUUACUAGGAUUUUUCUUAGAUGUUGCAGUAUGUAUUGGUUCCAUCUCUUUUUUACUUUCGCAAUACCAAUUAGACACUUUUAAAGUUCUAUAAAGCAUAUGCUCGAGACUGUGAAGUGUGAACAAA